GAGGAGUCACGCGGCGUCAGCGGAGUGUCAGCUGACCGGAAGUGCUGCCGCCGCGCGCUGGAGUGUCAGUGGCCGUCCUGCUGAACGCUGAGGGGGAGAAAUGGCUGACACCAUAGCUGACACACGAAGGCUAUUCACCAAGCCUCAGAACCUCAACGACGCGUAUGGACCUCCGAGUAACUUUCUAGAGAUUGACGUGAGCAACCCUGAGACGAUGGGGGUGGGCAGGGGCAGGUUCACCACCUAUGAGAUCAGGCUGAAGACCAACCUGCCCAUCUUCAAGCUGAAGGAGUCUCGCGUGCGCCGACGUUAUAGUGACUUCGAGUGGCUCCGAGCAGAGCUGGAGAGGGAGAGCAAGGUGGUGGUGCCCCCGCUGCCGGGGAAGGCCCUGGCCCGACAGCUGCCGUUCCGGGGGGACGACGGGAUAUUUGAUGACUCUUUCAUCGAGGAGAGGAGACAGGGUCUGGAGCAAUUCCUCAACAAAGUGGCCGGUCAUCCCCUGGCCCAGAACGAACGUUGCCUGCACAUGUUUCUACAGGAUGAAUCUGUGGACAAGAACUACACCCCGUCCAAGAUCCGACCCGCCUAGGAGAGCCACGCCAUGCCUGGAAGUGGCCCCGGGCGUGCACGACAACCCCAAACCAAACGCUCUCGCCCCAGACCACACCUCCUGGACCACAAACAUUUCAACCCCCCCCCCCACCCCUCCUCUGUCACCUCCUCCCUGUUCGACUCUUAGACAUCCCAAACCUUGUGCUCGUCUGUCCCACUUUGUAACCCCAAUCGUUCGUAAAAAAAGAUGUCUGACAAAUUAUGCCUGCUAGGUGAAAAUGAGAAAACAGUUGUUGAUGUUGUUGUUGUUGUUUCUCCCGCUGAAAUCUAUUUAUCAGUACGGUGCGUCCUUCAUUGUUUUAAUUUUCGUUUCCAUGGCGACAACACAAAGGUCAUCAUCUCUUAUUACAGAAGUACACACACACUAUUUUGAUGGGUCGCGCACCACAGCCACGCAUUACCAGGCGUGGCUCAGUUACUGAACUAUUAGUGUCUAAACCAGCACCUUCCUUGUUUCAUGUAGUGGUUUUCUAGCGAGUGAAGAGUAAUAUACUUGGGGGUUGGGGGGGAGGGGGGUGGGAGUGGGACCUGCAGUAUUUCUACGGGCUAUAUGCAUUUUGAGAUUUGUAUACUGCUGUGCCAUUUUCUUUAUUUCGAAAGUUUUUAAAUAAACCGGUCAAAUCCACUGAUGCACAAGCACAAUCGUUGGCAUUUCUUCAUGAUCCAUGCAGCAGACACCAGAAUGGUAAAACACAAUGAAAAAUUAGGAAUUUUCCGUAGAAAAUGGAGUUUGGACAAAUGCUGCUCCUUUUUAAAUGCAAGAUAAAAACGGGGUACAGCAAACAUUUAUAAAUGAUUACUUAGUAAUGUGUCUUCAGGAAAUGUCGGAACCCAAACAAUUCUGGGCCUUUGGUUGUAUUGAAUUUCUGAAUUUGUCAUUUGCAGCUUUUGUAUUCAACCUUUAAAUAAUCCUUUAUAAGUAACCACACAUCCUCGUUUUCAUCAUGGCCAACAACAGUUUGUGUGUAAUAGUUUUGUGGUUAAGAAAAAAAAGAUUGAAUGCUUUAAAAUUACUUUUGGCCAUUAUAAAAAUGUAUAAAAUCCCUUAACAUAUAUGCAUUUUAUUCUAGUAUUUCAUUACAACUCGCAAAUAGUUUUUACAACAAAAUUAAAACAUU